CUCUGUCCGUCUUCCUUUUCUACAAAGUUUGUGUCUGCUUAAAGACGUGUUGAAAUACUUUUUAAGUGUUUUCACAGUACUGGAACGAAUAUGUCUACAACCGCCACAAUUCGUACACGCAAAUUCAUGACCAACAGCCUGUUGGCAAGAAAGCAAAUGGUUUGCGAUGUUUUGCACCCAGGCCUUUCAUCGGUAAACAAAAAAGAUAUUCGUGAAAAACUUGCAGCCAUGUACAAAGUAACUCCAGAUGUUUGCUUUGUUUUUGGUUUCCGUACAAAUUUCGGUGGUGGCCGUUCUACAGGUUUUGCUCUAAUCUACGAUACGUUGGAUUAUGCUAAGAAAUUCGAACCUAAAUACCGUUUAGCACGUCAUGGUCUCUUUGAACAAAAGAAACAGACACGUAAACAACGUAAGGAACGUCGUAACAGAAUGAAGAAAGUCCGCGGUACAGCUAAGGCUAAGAUUGGUCAAUCCAAAAAAUAAAUUAAUUAAAUAUUUCACGAAUUCAACGCGAUUUAUUCCAGAAAUCACAUUGCUCUUGUUUUACAUUAUAUGAAAAUGUGUGUAAAAGUGCUUUUAAUUAUGGAAUAAUAUCCGCGUAUAUAACAUCAAUGAAACGUUUGUGUUUAUAAAACUAAGAAAAUAAAACAAAAAUUUAAAUAUAAUUUUUUUUAAUUA